CAAUAGUCCAAAAUUCACAGCUCCGUGCAGGACAGAGACAAAGCACCCUGGGAUCUGGGAGGCUUGUAGUAACUGUACGGAGCUGCUGGGAAAGACGGAAUGAAGAUGUACAGAGCUGCUUGGUACUAUUUGAUUGGACAGUAAUGGCAGGCCGCGGUGACGUGGUGAUCGCUGCUCGCCAUGCCAGGAAUUGUGGUUUUCCGCCGGCGCUGGUCUGUGGGUAGCGAUGAUUUGGUGCUGCCCGGAAUCUUCCUCUUUGUGCUGCACAGUACCUGGUUUGUUAUCCUGUCUGUGGUUCUCUUUGGACUGACGUAUAACCCACACGAGACAUGCUCCCUCAACUUGGUAGAUCAUGGCCGGGGCUACCUGGGCAUCCUGCUGAGCUGUAUGAUUGCAGAAGUGGCCAUCAUCUGGCUGAGCAUGAGAGGGGGCAUCCUAUACACCGAGCCUCGAGACUCCAUGCAGUAUGUGCUCUACGUGCGGCUGGCGAUCCUACUGAUUGAGUUUAUCUAUGCAAUCGUUGGCAUUGUCUGGCUUGCUCAGUAUUACACGUCCUGCAGUGAUGUCACUGCCAAAAAUGUCACACUGGGGAUGGUGGUGUGUAACUGGGUGGUCAUACUCAGUGUCUGUAUCACAGUCCUCUGUGUAUUCGAUCCAACUGGAAGAACAUUCGUGAAGCUGAGGGCAACAAAAAGGAGGCAGAGAAACCUGCGUACGUACAACCUGCGGCACCGACUAGAAGAAGGCCAAGCCAGCAGCUGGACGCGCCGCCUAAAGGUGUUUCUGUGUUGCACUCGCACUAAAGACUCGCAGUCUGAUGCAUACUCGGAGAUUGCCUACCUGUUUGCAGAGUUUUUCAGAGACCUUGACAUUGUUCCAUCAGACAUCAUUGCUGGACUGGUUCUAUUGCGCCAGCGUCAAAGGGCAAAGCGCAACGCUGUUCUCGAUGAGGCAAACAAUGAUAUAUUGGCUUUUCUAUCUGGAAUGCCCGUCACGAGGAAAACAAAAUACCUAGACCUGAAAAAUGCACAAGAGAUGCAGCGGUACAAGGAGGUCUGUUACUACAUGCUCUUUGCGCUGGCAGCAUAUGGUUGGCCUAUGUACCUCAUCAGGAACCCAACCUGUGGCAUCUGUCGGAUGGCAGGGGCAUGCUCCAGUUGCUGCUGCCUUUGCUCUGCAAGGCCACGCUUUGCUCCCGGGGUCACAAUUGAGGAGGAUAACUGCUGCGGCUGCAAUGCGAUUGCCAUAAAACGCCACUUUUUAGACGAGAACAUGAACAUGGUGGACAUUGUGUAUACGUCAUGUCACGAUGCGGUUUAUGAAACACCAUUCUUCGUUGCAGUUGAUCACGAUAAGAAGAAAGUGGUAAUUAGCAUUCGUGGGACACUCUCUCCAAAGGAUGCCUUGACAGAUCUGACAGGAGACGCAGAGCGGCUGCCUGUGGAAGGGCAUCAUGGCACCUGGUUGGGGCACAAGGGAAUGGUUCUGUCUGCUGAGUACAUUAAGAAGAAGCUGGAGCAAGAGAUGGUUCUUUCCCAAGCAUUUGGUCGUGACCUGGCACGUGGGACCAAACACUACGAACUGAUUGUGGUUGGCCAUUCGCUUGGAGCCGGAACUGCUGCCAUCUUGUCCUUUCUAAUGCGCCCACAGUAUCCUUCCCUGAAGUGCUUUGCAUAUUCCCCACCCGGUGGCUUGCUUAGUGAGGAUGCUAUGGAAUAUUCUAAGGAAUUUGUUACAUCUGUGGUGCUUGGAAAGGAUCUAGUUCCAAGAAUCGGCCUGUCACAGCUGGAAGGUUUUCGCAGGCACUUGCUUGAUGUUCUUCAGAGAAGCAAUAAGCCUAAGUGGCGCAUCAUACUCGGCGGAACGAAAUGCAUCCCUAAAUCAGAACUCCCGGAUGAGUCAGAGGCUAUAACCAUACCCAGUAAUCGUCUAUGGACGCACCCUAGUGAUCUGACCAUAGCACUUUCAGCUAGCACACCUCUUUACCCACCGGGGCGUAUCAUUCAUGUGGUUCAUAACCACCCAGAAGAGCAGUGCUGUUUCUGGAACCAGGAAGAACCCACCUACUUUGCCAUCUGGGGUGAUAAUAAAGCAUUUGAGGAGGUUAUAAUCUCACCAGCCAUGCUGCAUGAACAUCUCCCACAUGUGGUAAUGGAAGGACUGAACAAGGUCCUAGAGAAUUACAACAAGGGCAAAACUGCGCUGCUCUCAGCUGCCAAGGUGAUGGUGAGUCCGACAGAGGUGGAUCUGAACCCUGAGCUAAUUUUCCAACAGCAACCUCACCACCCACCUCCUCCAAUUCUGGAGGUAAUUCCUGCCAUCAUGCCUGGAGCAAACAGGAGGAACAGCAGUACCAAGAGUAAGCAAUCUGACAUCAGCCUGGAGGGUUUCUAUGAUUCUCGACUUCUGUCCCCAAUUUUCAAAGACCCAGUAGAGCUACUUUUGAUGAGCACAAAAGAUUGCCUGGCCGUAUCUCUCCAGGAUCGCAAGGCGCCACUCGCUACGAUGGAGAGUCUCUCUGAUAAUGAGUCUGUUUACAGCUUUGACUCACGUCGCUCUUCUGGUUUCCGCAGUAUACGAGGGUCGCCAAGCCUGCGAGCAGUGUUGGAGCGGGACGAGAGUCAUUGUUUCUUCAUUGACCCAACGAUCCCUGAGGAAAACCCUUCUUUGAGUUCACGGACAGAGCUUCUAGGAGCAGAUGCCCUCUCAAAGCAUUCGCAGGAGAGCCAGCCAACUGAGGUUGCUCACAACAGUGGCAGAUCUUCACCAGGUGACCUACCCCUGUGGGAUGAAGAGCCUUUAGCAGGAGAAGAGGCCAGCAGGUCUCUCGCUAAAGAAGAAUUGGCACUGCAGAAUGGGCGCUUGAAUGAGGUGCCUAGUCCCCAGGUGCUGGAGUUUGCAGAAUUUAUAGACAGCCUUUUUAACCUGGACAACAAAAGUGGUUCUCUACAGGAUCUGUACCACGUGAUGGUUUCGGAUGGUACAGACCGUGAUAUACCUAAGUCAGUUAGUGACCAGGAAAUCCUGCUUAGGGCAAAGUUUGAACCUAAUCUGGUGCCCAAGCCCCCUCGCCUCUUUGCAGGGUCUGCAGAUCCAUCAUCUGGCAUUUCAGUCUCUGCCUCCUUCCCCCUCAGCUCCUCUGGGGAACUCAUGGACUUAACACCAACAGAUAUGAGUAGCCAGGAGUGCCUGACGCCAGACCCCAUCCGAACUCCAACACCAACAGGAGCCAGUAACGGCAAAAAAGAAGAGUUGUUUAUUUCUGCUCUCUAGUCAAAUGCACAAUGAAUGAUGGAAAGAGAAUUUUUGGUUUUCUAGGAGAACAAGUUUAGUAAGAGAAUUGCCAAUGGUAACCCAUGCUCUCCAAAAUUGCCAGGAAGUGUGUGGGAAUACGUUUACAGCAGCAGUCUUGCAUACUACCAGUAUAGGAAGAACUGUAGAAUACAGUAAGCUAUUGCCAUAGGUUACUUAGUGUGCAAAGCAAAAGGGAAUCUACAGUCUUUAUGAAGGUAAUACACUAAGGAAAGAGACUAUGUUGCACUAAAUAGAUUCUGCCAUAUAAUAGGCUAGCAAACUCUGAUCUAGCCAUAGCAUUUCCCCCCUGAAUAUCUAUGAAAUGUAGUGCAGCUGGUGAUGCCCUGGGGGAUCUGAGAAGUAUUUUGACUACCGCCUUCCUCAGGAAGGGCCAUGCUCCUAUCAUCUGUGGAUUGAGGGGUACAUCUUUUCACCCUUUGCCUUCUUUACCUCCUUGUCUCUCAAAUCCACCCCACAUCUCCUAAUCUCAGCAUGCUUCCUUAUGUGUGGGUUACGUGUUGUUGCUCAGAAUACAUAAAUCAACAGUAUGUAUUGUCUCUGUAUUAGAAGCAGUACCGCAUGUUUGCCUAUAAUACAGUUAGUCAUGAGAAAAAUCAACAGAUCUGUAACAGCAGCCAUAAAAGAAAAAAAAAAUUACACCUAUUUUUGGUUCUAGAGUGGAGAUAACCUUUGGUACUGACUACUGCAGAUUUACUGUUCCCAUCAGUUGGCAGGGGGUUGUUGGGUGUGCUCCAGAAACUCGAAUGAUGGAGGAGUUGUAGCUCUGCAACAGCAGGAAUGUCAUAGUUUAUCUAUCUCUGGCCCAGCUAAAGGCUUAUGGUGGCCAAUUUAAGAAGAGUGGAUGAGAUAAGGAGGUACGGCACACAGCAUUAUGGUCACUUCUACAAGCAUUCAUGAUCAACACCAAUUGUGACAGUGGAAAUCACCAUGGGCCUAGUGCAGUGGCACACUCAAGCAUGCCAGGAGGUUUGUCUCCUGAAUGAUUUGGUGACGGGAAUUUGUUUCCAUUCCUCUUGAUAGCAAAUGCCUUGACCCAGAUGGUGCCUCUGGUCUGUGGUGGGUCCAGGCAAUUGCGGUUUAGAUGAAUAGGAAGCAAUUUAGGCACUUCGUUCAACAGCUGAGAUAUAAAAUGCUGUGCCCAAUAAUGUACAGAAUAUAUAUAUAUAUAUAUAUAUAUAUAUAUAUAUAUAUAUAUAUAUACACAUAUAUAUAUAUAUCCUUUUGCUUUCAACUGCAUUCAUUAUUGCAUAUUAUCUUCAUUUAUAAAUUGAGCUGUUAGAACCUACCACCCCACCUGAUGUAAUCCGGCCCUAAUCUAACAUGCGGUACUGCUUCCCUGCUCUAGUCUGCACAUGACAACUCUGCCUGUCGAUGGUAUGUCUCUGAGUGUGCCAAAAUGGAUUGGAUUUCCCCAAUCAGAAUGAGUAUUCUCUCAACUGAAGCAUGCCUUUCUCUCUGCCAUGUUGGUUGGGUGCUGCUUUUAAAGUGAAAGAUAAGGCUUCCCUGUAGACAUGAGCCCUAAUGUAUAGAUGUGCUCCCACAAUUAUUUAAGUGACAACAAUUCCACCCUGUCACACCCAUGCACUCUUGGUGGUCGCACAUACAGACUCAUAGAAGGUACACACAUCUAUAUUUAGUAUGAAGGUCUUGUAAAACCAUAGUAGAAUCUAUAGCACGUGUGAGGGAUUAUUGUCAGUAUAACCCCAAGUAUUUGGCCAUCCCUACUGCUCAUGAUGCUCUCCCACAAAAGCAGCAGCCACCUAUAGAAAGUGCCAAAGUAUGCCAUGUUUUAUGGAGUAGCACCCAGUGUUUGUGCUUGUGAUGGCAGUGGGGAGGGGUAACCAUGUGGCUUAAAAUGAGUUAUACAGUAUUUGUAUUUUGGUUCCAGGGCAGCCUGCUGAGGGCUUGGUAUUUGAUACCCCUAAUGUAUUUAAAGUCCAGUGAUUGGCCAGCUCUUUUGGAGCACUGGCUUUAUUGGGUAUUAGAAGAUUGUUGCCAUGUUAAUUUAAAAGUUGUAUUGCUCUAAAGCUGGAAUCUAGAUCUAGAGAGCCAUCUACUGUUCCCUUCCAGCAGCAUUAUUAGUUUUGAGGCCACUGGAGAGCAACAUGUUGCUCACGAGCUACUGGUUGGGGAUCACUGGCCUAUACUAUGACCAUGCUCCAUUUCUGUAUGAAGGAACAGGGGUGAGACGGAGGGGGGGAAUAGAUGAGUGGAUCUACAAUGAAUAAUGAAGGUGAGGAAAAAUAGUUUGGAGAGUAGGCCUAGGUCUUCUAGUGGACCCCUGGCACCCCAGUCUUACAUUAGCUUGCUGCAGUUCUUCAGCGUGCCCUUCUCAUCACCCAUGGUUUCCUUCAUUGGCCUUAUUUAAUAACAUUUCAUGCCUUUAACCGCCACUCCCUUUAUUUUUUCUUCCUUUUGACUGCUUUUUGCUCUGCACUUUAAUUUUUCUCCACAUUUUCCACGUGUCUUGUAGUUAUUUCCCCAUCCCUUAUGUCUUUCAUUUCACAGGGUCUUCUUCUUUUCCUCCUUUAGCUCAGGAGUUCUUUGCACAUCUGAGGCUACUGUUGUCCAUGUGGAUGAAGAGGCUUGUCCUACAUUGUGUUGGAAGUUUUGUUUGGGGUGGUGU